CCCCCUCCCGGCCCUGCAGGUCACCUGGCCACCGCCCGGGAUUUCCCGGGACCCGCGCGGCGCCGCUGGCGAGGAAGGGCCAGAGGACUGGGGUCCACGCCGUCCGUGGGAGAAGAGCGAAGCGCGGGUUUUCUAGCUGCCCCAGUUGGACCGCGCGAUACAGUAGCUCCGGUAACUCCAGGCGCCGCGCCUGGGUGGAGGAGCCGGUCCUGGGGCACUCUGCGAGAAGCACCCCGACCGGAGGGGCCCCAGACCGGGAGUACCUCAAGUCAGGGAGCAGUCUACGCCCGGGAGCGCCCCAGACUGAGAGCGCCCCAGACCGCGACGCGCCUGGAGCCGGAGCAUCGCCUGACCGCGAACCGUGCCCACCUGCAGCCUCCACUGAGCUGGGUUCGCAGCCAGGAGCUGCCAGGCGCCUGACAUUCUUCUUUCAUUUUGUUUGUACUUUUUCCUUCUUCUUUUUUGCUUUUGUUUUCGUAACCCUCUCUGGGUGCCUUAUCUCUUUAAUCACACCUCUCUUUCGCGUCCCACAGUAGUCAGGAGGUGGGAUCGCUGCUUUUCACCUACUUUCUGAACUUGGCCUCCGCAGUCGCGACCUGGCGUGAAGGAGGAGCUGCCGCCCCCGCCCCAGCCUCGGGGACGCCGCUCUGAAGGUAAGGGUGGGUGCUGCUGCCACCGGCACCCCCUCCUCACCCUCCAGGGGAAGGGAACAUUCCUAAAAUAAGAUCAGUUGAGAGAGAGAGAGAAAGAGAGAAAACGAAUGAAUAAUUGAUGAGACAGCAUUCCGUCUUUCUCUGAAAGUAUAGUUUUAGAAAUUAAAAUAUCCCCGAUUAUUUUCUGGAGAGGUGAGAACGACGGAAAUAAAUGAUAAUAAUAGUUGUCAUUUUUUAAAUGCUUACUAUGUGCCUGACAAUAUAGAAAAUUUUUAGAUAUCUUAUUUUCACUUAAUCCUCCUAAGGGCCACAUGAAGUAGGAACCAUUAUUAUGCUUUAGUAAAAGGGAGGAGGAACUUAGCUAUUUAUCCGAGAGCUUCCAGCUACUAAGUAGUAGAUCCCAGACUCACACCUACUUUUUUCUGAUUCCAGAUUCUUUGUGUUUAUUCUGCCCGGCCUUCAGAAGUUAAAAUGCUGAGCAAGUUGCAUCGCAGUUAUCAGAUAAAUUAAUGAGGGGACAAUUGCAGCCAGAUAUAGAGAUCCAAGAUUAUUGUAUUAAUUUCCCUGAUUUCUCUUGCUCUAUUCUCAAGACUUUUGCAAAUACCCAUUUUGUGUCAUACACGGUGAUGCUAUUGGAAGCACACCUUUCAACCUCAGGGCCUUGGAUGGGCUGGGGGGGUAAAUUUGGGGAAUUGGGUUUGUGCAAGUUCUGGGGGCAGUGUGUUCCCUCUCCCAGCACAAAUACACAUCCAAAGGCAAAGAACAACUGGUCAGGGAACACAGAUUGAAAAGGCAGGGUCCCUGCCCUCAGGGACCUCACCGGAGAGUGGGAGCUAGUGCAGGAGUGAGUGAUGGAGAUGCCUGCGGAGUGAUGGAGAUGGGCUUGCACAAAAGCAUGUGCCAUUUGGGGCCGUUGCAGUUGGAGAGCUUCUUUGAAAAGGCAAAUAUUGAGUCAAGUUGCAAGGACCGUAGGGACCUGGUGGCUGGGAGAAGUGGGGAGGGUGGCUCAGGUGGCAGGAUUAGCACAGGCAUAGGCAGAUUUGGGGGGAAGCAUAAGGCUGAUAACAACAGACACGUGUGUGACAAGGACUAUGAGGUGGCAUUGAUUUUCUUGGCCUUACAGAUGAGAAGCCAAAUUCCACACAAAUUCUUUCUUUGUUAGAAUUUAAGUGUGUGUGCGUGUGAUGGCCAAGAUCAUUUUCUCCAUUCUGCAUUUGGUUGUUUUAUCAUCAUGCAGGCUGAGUAAAAAGACUAUGCAUGGAACACUGCAGAGGAAAAAUUAGAUUUAAGAAAACAUUGGUGUUAUGAUUUUCAUCCGGGCACUUUGUCUCAGGAGGUGCUUGAUUCUAUGUGUUGCUAAUGAGUGACUUAUAUUGAGGUGUCUACAUUGAUUCAUGUGUGUCCCUGUGACUAGCUGUAAUCUGGGGCUGGCCAUUUCACUUCCUUGAGUCUUGGAUUCCUCAUUGGAAAGAGCUUUGAAAUGUCUCUUUCCCUGUACAUUAUGUGUUUCUGUGAAUUGCUUCUUCCCAUUAGUUGCUAAAACACACUUUCCAAGAUAUCAUGAUUUAAAAAGCUUUUCAAAAAUGCACUAUGCAGAUGUGGCAAUGGAUCAGAUGAUCACCUAGAUUCCAAAUUGUAUAUAUUUUAUGGAUUUAAUUCAUUCAAUAAUUUGACAAAUAACAAACAAGCAGGCAUAAAGUGAAAAUACGUCAGUUAGUGAUAAGUGCUGUGAAUAGACAAAGUAAAGGUGGGAGGGUAGAGGGAUACUGGUGUGUGUGAACGUGUAUGUGUUUGCACUUGGGCAAGCCUGCUGUGGUAGACUUUCAGCAGAGUGCUCAGGGAGGACCUGUGCAUUAUAACCUCAUGUCAACAAACCAUAAGGAAAAUACAGGACUAUUUAAGUGACAAUAGAGAAGUAAUUAGUAGCUCUUUGAGGAAAGAAAGUUUAGUCACACCCCAUCUUCAUGUCGAACAAGAAAAUUAAUUGUUUGUGGAUAAAAAACAUUAAACAUAAAAACAAAACAGAACAAUAUUGAGCCAUAAAAUUGAAGACAAUAUAUAAGCAUCUAUUUGACCACCAAGAGGAAAGGAUAUUCUACACUUAAAAGUAAUGAAAAAAUCAUGGCUGGGCACGGUGGCUUAUACCUGUAAUCAGGCAAAAGAAUGAUGGGUUUGACUACAUCAAUAUAAAUAUUUUCAUCUAUUAGCAUAACAAAAGAGAGAAAGUAAACAAGUUAGACAAACAUCUGAGAACUGGACAAAAGACAAGAGAUGGUUCAUAAACUUGAAAAUAAAAUGACUGAUAAUAAGUGAUUAAUAUAUGCCUCAUUUAUACCCAAAUAAACGCAAAUUCAGAAAACAACGAGAUAACAUUUUUCUAUUUUGGCUGUCUAAUUAGAUUUUAAAAGUAAAGUGGCUCAGUGAUCUCCUGGGUGUGGUUGAUAGAUACUGUCUUGUGCUAUUGAGUGGGAGAAUAUGAAUUAUUGCAGCACUGCUGGAAUGCAGUUUGGGAGCAUGCAUUUGCCAGGUUUAAAUGUAGCCUUCAAUUCAAUCACUGUUCUGCCAUCAAGUAACAGCCAGGAAAUAAUAAGAAAUGUUGACAACAUUUAAGUGGUAUUCACGAUUCACCAGACACUUGCAAUAGUAACUCAUUUAACCUUCACGUCAGCUCCAGGAGAUGGUAAUAUUAUCCCUUUCUGUGGAUAAGGAAAUUGAGGCACAGAGCAGGUAAGUCAGUUGCCCACAGUUGUUCAACUGGUAGAGGGUAGAAUGGAGAUUCAAAUCCAGCCAGGCUGGCACCUGAGUUCAUGUUGCAAAAAAACUGAGCCAUCCUGCCUUACCCGUGAAGACGAUCAUAGGAUUAUCUCAUAAUACAAUGCAUCUGGUAAAUGAUAAUAUAUUCACAUGAAGUAAUAUUAGGUGACAAUUAGGAUGGUUUUAACAAAGACUUUUGUGACACAGGAAAAAUGCUUAUUAUAUCAUAUUAAUUGGAAAUGCAGGAUAUGCAAUCAUUUAAACAUCUUAAUUAUGUUACAACAUUUAUAAAAAGUACAAGAAAACAUGCUAAAAUAUUAUGCAUGUUGGGAAUAUUUUCUUCUUCCAGUCUUCAUUUUGUAAAUGUCCUACAUUGUGUGUAAAUUGCUUUAGAAAUCACAAAAAUAAUUAAAAAAGAAAGAAACAAGAGUUAUGGAAGAGCAUAAAUAUUGAUAUUAAAUGUAACAAUAAAAAACCCUUAAAAUUCUUCCAUGUAAGACACUUAAUAUUUAUAUUCUUCUAUAUCUAUUUUAUUGAUACUUGCUAGAGUACCCUUUACACUUAUCAGAAUAGUUUUUUUUUCUGGAAAUGAAUUUAUUAUUUAAUAUAACCUUAAUCUCUUAAAUUCACACGUAAAACUUAAGUACAUUAAAAAUUUUAUAUACACACACCCACAUUUGCAGAAUGCUGUGCAAAUACCAACUAUUUUUUGUAUACUGGGAUCCUAUUCUUCGUAUACUGAAAUCUUAAUAUGUUUCAUAUUGAAACUCAGAGUUAGUUUGCUGACUCGUCUUCUAAUUUUAACUUUGUAUCUUGGUAGAUAUCGAAUUUUUUUUAAGUGAUGCUUUUUUAUAAGGUUAUAUCAGCCUUAACCAGAGUAGUGAUGUAAAGGAAAUAACAUUUUUUAUUCUACCCAAGAUAAAAGAAAAGGCAGAGUUAAUAACAACUGUGUGGGGAGGUAGUGGGGGAGGUUUCAAACCAUAGAACUGGUCUAAUUUGAUUAUGCACAGUUGGUACUUUCCAUUCAUACUUGUCUCUUUUGUCUUUACAUUAUUGAUUAUUAUCUCUUGGAAAUUCCACCAAAUAUUUGAUGGUUUUCCCAUAAGUAUGGACAUGAAUGUUUUGGCAGCUUAGCCAUUAAGCUUUAUCCUGGGUUUAGGCAUUGACAACCCUCUUUUUUUUUUUUAGGAUGGAAGGUGAGUAGUCAUUGGUGAGAGGAAAUUACUCUGGGCUGAGAGGCUGCCAUGAACUCAGGAAGCCUGCAUAAGCCUUAGAUGGUUUAAUCACUGGAUAAUUCCGGAGGCAGGCCUUCUUAUUAUCUCUGGUUUGAUAAUGAGCAAAUAGGCUCUAAGAUUUGCCCAAAGUUGCACAGCUUGUCAGGACUCAAACUGGAGUGGCAGCCCAGGUUUGUGUGUUUCUGAAACCAGACUCUGCCAUCAGGCUGUGCUCCCUGCACUCAGGAUGGUUAAACAAGGAACAUGGUGUUAUUUUUGCAGUAUUUAGACUCUGAAUGGUCUCCACUGUGGGCGAUCCUUCCUCCAAUGGGCUCUCAAAGUUGUAAUCAGAAGUGCGAAGGCAAGGUUGUAGUAAGCAAAUUUAAUGCAGCUCCUUGUUCCACGGGUCAUGCUCAAUGUAAAGGAGGAGUCUGGAGUAUAGGAGACUGUCAUUUUAUUUUUCCAUUUCCCUAAAGUAAACUCACAUGGGCAGCCACAGACACACGCACACACAUACAAACACCUAUGCUUCAGUGACACAUGUUAGCGAGUGCUGGGGGUAUGCUAGGAGUCAUGCUGGAUUUUAGUGACACAAUGAAGAACAAAAUAGACUUAGUUCCUAGACUUAUGAAACCUAUGUUCUGAGCAAGGAAGAUGGAGUUUUAAAAAUUCAAACCCUGAAUGAAGAUCUCAUUACAAGUCAUGAUGAGCAUUUUGAUGUGAAAACACACGCACAUUCUCUUACAUGGGCAGAACUGCCAUACAUAGCUCAGCAUGUCACACAUUUUUUAUUCAUAGAAUGGUAAUAUUUUUAGCAGUACUAUUGUUCUCAACUUUGACCUUGGAGGCAGGAUUUAAUAGACCAGGGAAGAAAUUCAUCAGGUUCUGUUGUGUCAGAAAAAUGAAUUAUUAAGGAUGUCUUCCAGAAGCAAAAAUUCAUUGUCUUGAAAUUUUAUUAAUUUUAUAUGGCUGAAAGUUCUGAGAAUUGGUUACUAUAUUAAGGAAUAUGAAAAUCUUCUAGGUUGGUUUUUCAAAAAAUAUGUGUGCCGGAGGAUUUUUAAACCUUCAUAAGAUAGGUAUGCUUUUGCCUGAAAGCUUUGGCUGAAUCUGUUUCAUUCUGUUUUCUAGAGAAGCCAUUUGAAGCAGAAUCCAAAACAUGAAUUGUAGAGAAUUAACAUUGACCCUUUGGGUGCUUAUAUUUGUAAGCACCACAGAGUCUUCUUGUACUUCACGUCCCCACAUUACCGCAGUUGAAGGGGAACCUUUCUAUCUGAAAUAUUGCUCGUCUUCACAUGCACAUGCGAUUGAAGCAAACACUGGAAGAUGGCAAAAAAGCAGUGGAUCACAGAAACGUGUGGAGCUGAACCCAAGCAGUUCACCAAGACUUUGUUUGCAAGAUCAUGCUUUGGAGUUUUGGCCUGUUGAGUUGAAUGACAUGGGAUCUUACUUUUUCCAAAUGGGAAAUCAUACUCAGGAAUGGAACUUAAAUGUCAUCAGAAGAAAUAAACACAGCUGUUUCACUGAGAAACAAGUAACUAGUAAAGCUGUGAGAGUUAAAAAAUUUUUGCAGAUAACCUGUGAAAACAGUUACUAUCAAAAACUGGUCAACAGCACAUCAUUGUAUAAGAACUGUAAAAAGCUACUGGAGAACAAGGAAAACCCAAUGAUAAAGAAGAAUGCUGAGUUUGAAGAUCAGGGAUAUUACUCCUGCGUGCAUUUCCUUCAUCACGAUGGAAAACUAUUUAACAUCACCAAAACCUUCAAUAUUACAGUAUUGGGAGAUAGCGGUUAUAUAGUUCCGGUUCUUCUUGGAUCAAAGCUUAACCAUGUUGCAGUGGAAUUAGGAAAAGAUGUAAGCCUCAACUGCUCUGCUUUGCUGAAUCAAAAGGAUAUACUUUAUUGGAUGUAUGACAAUGGAUCGGAUCUUAAUGUACAUGAAGAGAAAGAAAUAAGAAUUAUGACUUCAGAAGGGAGAUGGCAUGCUUCAAAAGCAUUGAGAAUUGAAAAUGUUGCUGAACACAAUCUAAAUUUUGCAUAUAAUUGCACUGUGACCAGCACAGGAGGCACAGACACCAAAAGCUUCAUCUUGGUGAGAAAAGCCAUGGCUGAUAUCCCAGGCCACAUCUUUACAAGAGGAAUGAUCAUAGCUGUUUUGGCCUUGGUGGCAGUAGUGUGCCUAGUGACUGUGUGCGUCAUUUAUAGAGUUGACUUGGUUCUAUUUUAUAGACAUUUAAUGAGAAGAGAUGAAACAUUAACAGAUGGAAAAACGUAUGAUGCUUUUGUGUCUUACCUAAAAGAAUGCCGACCUGAAAAUGGAGAGGAGCACACCUUUGCUGUGGAGAUUUUGCCCAGAGUGUUGGAGAAACAUUUUGGGUAUAAGUUAUGCAUAUUUGAAAGGGACGUAGUGCCUGGAGGAGCUGUUGUUGAUGAAAUCCACUCACUGAUAGAGAAAAGCCGAAGACUAAUCAUUGUCCUAAGUAAAAGUUAUAUGUCUAAUGAGGUCAGGUAUGAACUUGAAAGUGGACUCCAUGAAGCAUUGGUGGAAAGAAAAAUUAAAAUAAUCUUAAUUGAAUUUGCACCUAUUACUGACUUCACAUUCUUGCCCCAAUCACUAAAGCUUUUGAAAUCUCACAGAGUUCUGAAGUGGAAGGCUAAACAUUCUCUUUCUUAUAACUCAAGGUUCUGGAAGAAUCUUCUUUACUUAAUGCCUGCAAAAACAGUCAAGCCAGGUAGAGAGGAAUUGGAAGUCUUGCCUGUUCUUUCAGAGUCUUAAUCUUCAGAAACGCUGAAUGCCAAAAAGAACUUGAGAUAUUCUGGGGACUCAGCAUAUGAACCUGUUUGUUACAAAGGCUGUGACUCUAAAUAUUUAACUGUAAAAAUCCUGCUCACAAUUUGAAGAGGAAACUUGUCGGGAAUAAGACUAAAGGUUGAGCUGUGGGCUGUGGCCAUGUGCUCCCAGAAGACCUGGAAUUCAAAAGAAAUGGAGCUUUUCUUUUUCUCCCUCUUCCAUAACUGGGUGCAGCUGCUCAUACUUAAUCCCAUAUUCAGCAAGUGUGAAGCUGGGCAUGAUGCAAAAUAACCUAUGCCUUACAAAAAGGGCGCAUCUCCAAGAGUUUUAAUCCCAGUGAUUAAAUGAGGGGAUUUUAAGCACACGAAGAGGCACUUUCUAGGGACCAGUGGGUGACAGAGUAACUGAAAUGCUGCUUUCACUCCCUAACACCGUGGAUCUGGUUGUGCAUGGGAUGUGGGAGGAGGGGCUGGCAGGGCCUCAGCCUCAGGAUGCAUUUAAUGUAUCCCAGCCACAGUUGCAGCCAGUGGUUCUUGAGAGCCCAGUAAGGCCCUGCAAUGCAGAGCCUGCUUAUGAGGAUCUAUUUUUGGGAACUUCUUAAAAGGACCCCCGAAUACCUUUUUAUCUUUCACAAGAGACACAAAUUCUAAUUUAGAGAAUUAUCUGGGUCUUUCACUUUUGAUGGUUUGAAACGUUUGUUGAUUUUGUGUGAAUGUUUAUAUCAAAAUGUUUGCCAGAUUGUAUUAGCCAUUGAAUAGCAAAACAAACAAACAAACAAACAAACAAAAAAACCCUGAUAGUUACUUGCUUGGUUUUUAAAAGUUACAUAUUUAAAAUGCCCCUAGCAUGAAGGCAGCAUGGUGUGGCUGUUAAGAGACGGACUGUGGAGUCCAUCAGGAGCUCCAAUCCUGAGUUUGCUGUUUACUUUUGCGACCUCUGGAACCUUAUCCAAUCUCUCUGUGCCUCAGUUUCCUCAUCUGUAAAAUUUGAAUUUAUGAUAAUUGGACCUAUCUCCCAAGGGUACUAAAUGAAUAAAUAUAAGUACUUACAAUGGUUCCUGGCACAGACUCAGCAGUCUGUCAGUGUUGCCAUGACUAUUUUUAUCAACAUUAUUAAUGAUUACUUAGAUCAGUUAUUUAGCAGUGGACUAUUGGAAGCUACAGAGCAGAGAUGGGAAGCAGAUCUAGGGAGGACAGCAGCUUUGAUUUGAGGAUGUUUGCACACGUAGAAAAGCAUAUUGGAGAAGUGUAUCCAGAGGGCAAAAGAUAUUCCUCCAUUGAACAUCCGCCUCUUUCAACGUUGAAAGACACAUGUCUUUCUCCCUAAAGGGAGCCCAGCACUGGGAGCCUUCUUGAUGAUCUCAAAAAUACUAGCUAUCCAAAAAAACCACUGAGUGACUGUGAAACCAUCAGUUUGGAAGCCUGGUUAGAACACACGGGAGCAACGUGAAUGUUCUACAAAAGUUUAAAGCAGAGACUGUUUCAAAUAGAUGUGGUAGAUAUUACUGAAAACCAAAGAAGAGUGAAAUUGCAUGUGUAAGAAUGUGAUUUAAUGUUUGUAGUGCUUACAAUUUUGUGCACCAACUGGAUGGCUAAAAAGGAGAAAAUAAUUUAAUAGCUCAUAUUUUAUGUGUGAAAACAUAUUAGCAAAAAUAUAUGAUUAAAAUAAAUUUUAUUGCUAUAGCAUAGUGUCUAAUACAUAGAAUAAUUUUGCUUUUCUCUUUUAUUAUACUUGCUUUAAAAUAAUUGAAACAUUUUAUAUUAAAUUCAUUUCAAAUUAAAUGCGUUAAAUGUAUACAUUAGAUGUGUGCUUUAAAAUGCAUAAAAUACUUUGAAAUACAUUAAUUAACUAUUGUU